CAUGGGCAGAGUUCUCUCACGUGUUAUCAGCACAAACUGCAGAACAUCAAACAGUCUACUAAUGUUACACGUUUUCGAAGACUCGGUAAAAGUGUCAAGAUGACAGCCCAAAUCAUCAGCGGGAAGAAUAUUUCAGCUCAGCUCAGAGAGAGGCUGAAGGAUGAGGUGGAUGCCAUGAGGAAUACACACCCAAAUUUUAAACCAGGUCUUGUAGUCUUACAGGUGGGAGACAGAGAGGACUCUAACCUGUACAUAAGUAUGAAACUGAAAGCAGCUGCUGAGAUUGGAAUCAAUGCUGUACAUGUGAAGCUUCCACAGACCGCUACUGAAAAUGAGAUUAUGUCCAGGGUUCAUGAAAUCAAUGAGAAUUCCAGUGUUCAUGGACUCAUAGUGCAGCUGCCCCUCGACUCCAUCCACACUAUUAAUACAGAGAGGGUCGUCAACGCUGUGGCUCCAGAGAAAGAUGUGGAUGGGUUGACCAGUAUAAAUGCAGGAAAACUUGCUCGUGGUGAUAUUGGAGACUGUUUUAUACCAUGUACUCCCAAAGGAUGUAUGGAGCUCAUCAAACAAACAGGUGUGCCUUUGGCGGGAAAAAGGGCUGUGGUGAUUGGCCGCAGUAAGAUUGUGGGUGCACCAAUGCAUGACCUUCUUCUUUGGAAUCAUGCUACUGUGACAACCUGUCAUUCCAAGACUGCAGACCUGCCCUCUGAGGUGGGAAUGGCAGACAUCCUGGUGACUGCGAUUGGAAAACCAGAGAUGGUUCGAGGAGACUGGCUAAAGAAGGGAGCCGUGGUCAUUGACUGUGGUAUUAACACCGUCCCUGACAGCAACAGACCUAGCGGAAAGAAAGUCGUUGGGGACGUUCACUUUGAUUCUGCCAAAGAUCAGGCUGCAUUCAUCACACCUGUACCUGGAGGUGUCGGCCCUAUGACCGUAGCCAUGCUUAUGGAGAACACAGUUUUGAGUGCUAAACAAUUCCUUCAAGCAAAAGAACCAGGGAAGUGGAACAUAAGUUACACAAAACUCAACCUGCAAUGUCCUGUUCCGAGCGAUAUUGUCAUCUCUCGCUCCGGUGUACCCAAACCCAUUGAGCUUCUUAGUAAGGAAAUUGGUAUUUUUCCGGACGAGGUUGAACUUUAUGGUAAAACCAAGGCCAAAGUCCAGCUGAAAAUGCUUGAUCGGCUGCAGGCACAACCAAAUGGCAAAUAUGUGGUCGUAACCGGAAUCACACCGACUCCUCUGGGUGAAGGAAAGAGCACAACUACAAUAGGCUUGGUUCAGGCACUCGGGGCUCAUCUCAAACAUAAUGCAUUUGCAUGUGUACGCCAACCAUCACAAGGUCCAACAUUUGGCAUCAAAGGUGGUGCUGCUGGAGGGGGCUACUCUCAAGUUAUUCCUAUGGAAGAGUUCAAUCUUCAUUUGACUGGUGACAUUCAUGCCAUAACAGCAGCCAAUAACUUGGUUGCUGCUGCAAUUGAUGCUCGUAUCUUCCAUGAAGCCACUCAGUCUGAUAAGGCUCUCUUUAAUCGCUUGGUACCAUUGACUGAUGGUCAGAGAACGUUUUCUCCAGUCCAGAUCAACAGACUUAAAAAUCUAGGCAUAGAGAAAAAUGACCCCAGUACAUUAACAGAGAAGGAGAUCACGCGCUUCGUCAGGCUAGACAUUGACCCUGAAUCCGUCACCUGGCAGCGAGUGGUGGACACAAAUGAUCGUUUCCUGAGACGAAUCACCAUUGGCCAGUCUCCAACUGAGAAGGGUUACACCAGAACUGCUCAGUUUGACAUCACCGUGGCCAGUGAGAUUAUGGCAGUUUUAGCUCUUACCACUAGUCUGGAGGAUAUGAGACAGAGACUUGCGAAAAUGGUGGUGGCCACCAGCCGCAGCGGUCAGCCUGUUACCACAGAGGAUUUGGGAGUGUGUGGAGCUUUGACUGUACUCAUGCGAGAUGCUAUCAAACCCAACCUCAUGCAGACACUUGAGGGAAACCCCGUGUUUGUUCACGCUGGACCUUUUGCAAACAUUGCACAUGGAAACUCAUCAAUCCUGGCUGAUAAAAUUGCUCUGAAACUAGUUGGGCCUCAGGGAUUUGUGGUCACUGAAGCCGGUUUUGGAGCAGAUAUCGGGAUGGAGAAGUUUUUCAACAUCAAGUGUCGUUAUUCUGGCCUCAGACCUCAUGUUGUGGUUCUGGUGGCCACGGUUCGAGCGCUGAAGAUGCAUGGAGGUGGACCAAAGGUCACUGCAGGCAUGCCUCUGCCUAAAGAGUAUAUUGAGGAGAAUCUGCCACUGCUGGAAGCUGGAUGUGGUAACAUGAAGAAGCAAGUGCAGAAUGCUCAGCUUUUUGGAAUUCCAGUAGUUGUGGCCGUCAAUGCUUUCAAGACCGACACAGAUUCUGAAGUAGAUCUGGUCUGUAAAUUGGCUAAAGAAGCAGGGGCAUUUGAUGCUGUGUGGUGCUCUCACUGGGCUAAUGGAGGUGCCGGGGCUGUAGAUCUUGCCAGAGCAGUGGAAAAAGCUGCAGAGUCACCCAGCUCCUUCAGAUUGCUUUAUGAUACCGAGCUACCCAUUGUAGAUAAGAUCAGAAUUAUUGCGCAAAAGAUCUAUGGUGCAGAUGACAUUGAACUCUUGCCAGAGGUCCAACAGAAAGUGGACCUGUACAACAAACAGGGUUUUGGAAAUUUACCCAUAUGCAUGGCAAAGACCCAUCUGUCUCUCUCACAUGAUGCUGAAAAGAAAGGUGUCCCCACUGGGUUUAUUCUUCCCAUCCGUGACAUUCGUGCCAGUGUAGGGGCAGGCUUUCUCUACCCACUGGUUGGCACAAUUUUUAAAAUUGUCAUGUAAACUACAACUCGGAGUACAACUUUACAGUUGCUUGAAACGUCCGGACUCGGAGAGUGCAAUGAUGGAGAAACUUGGCUGACGAGCAAACUUAGAGCAAGCGCCUUUUGCUUGUACCUGUUUUAGUUUCUGCUAAUAUGACAGUUAACAGCAACUAGAGUGCUUGCGCUAUAAUUCUUGACUAACAAGGUGCAAAUGCGAUCGGGAAAAUGGCCUGAGGGAAAACUUAGUUCACGACGACAGCACUCUUUACUGGUUCCGGAACAGUGUUCCUGAAAUUACGGGUGGGAAAGCUGCUAUUGAUUAAGCCAGAUGCCUAUGAUAUGCAGAGCUGUCAUUUUCUAGCAUUGUAAAUGACUUAUGGUGUAUCAAUUAUGUAGUGUGUAGCACACAAGGUACCAAAUGUGUUUUGAGUGUUUGUCAUGUAUAAGUAUUCAUUGUGAAAUGAGAAAAUGUCAGCUGCACAGAGUUUAUCAUAACACAACACUGAUCAGCGUAUGAUAUCAAAGUACCCCAAAAUAAGACUGCUCCAUAUGCUAUCUUUUGGUACUUUGUUGUCAUGUGUCCUUUGGUAUUUGCAGCGGCGCUUAGUCAAAAAAACACGCAGGGCACUAUGUAUUCUGUGAUGUGGAAAAUGUGGAUGGAAUUGCAGAAUCCAGAAAAAAUGACAUUAGAUGUAUAACCAUUAUUCGAAUUGAAAGGGAGCUAAGAGGGGACUGGGGGUCCCGGACAGUGUUGGGUGUAACUAGUUACUAAGUAAUUAGUUACUGUAAUUUAAUUACUUUUCCCUUGAAAAAGUAAAGUAAGGGAUUACGCUUGUUUUUUCUGUAAUUUGAUUACAGUUACUUUUGAUGUAAUUAAACUAAAUACUUUGUGUAAUGCAUGUAAUAGUGCAAUAGUGGAAUUGACAUCAAAAUUCAAAGUCUAACUUUAAAAUCUGUGCUUUAAUGUAUAAUUCUCACAUUUGUAAUACUUUGAUCAGUUAAUAAGAGUACUUUAUGUACUUUAAUAUUAUUUAUUUAAAUGAAUUAAAAGAGCAAUUUCAUGCCCAUCCUUGAAUCACUUAACUAAUCAAGGUUGAUGUAGGAUAUAGAAAGUAAUUAGUAAUAAGUAACUAACUACUUUUUGUAGAGAGUAAUUUGUACAGUAAUCUAAUUGCACUAUUGAAUAUGUAAUUAGUAACUAGUAAUUAAUUACUUUUUCAGAGUAACUUACCCAACACUGGUCCCGGACCUCUCAUAAGCAUUGAGGGACCGCCGGUAAGGCCAGAAAUAAUGAACUUGGGGUCCCUGUUUUUUUUUUAUAUAACUAGAAUACAAAAACACUUUUUUGUUAAAUUAUUGACAAAAUAUAAACAUAAAGCAACAUUGUCCAUUUAUUUCUCCCAAUUUAUCAGCUUUGGGGAGUAACAGAUUACAUGUAAUGUCGUUACGUAAUCAGGAUAAAAAAAACUGGUAACUGUAAUUCAUUUGUAAUUUAAAAAAACAUAGUAAUGAGAUUACAGUUACAUAACAGUGGUUUCAUUUAAAACGGAAAAAAAAAUCAGUACUUUGCCGUAAGAACACACACUUUUACAGUAGUUCCUGGUUCUGUUGUCAGUGAUGACCAGUUUUGGGCAGUAACGCGUUACUUAGUAGUUACUGUAGUUUGAGGACUUUUUGGUAACGCGUAAUUUAACUCGUUAUAAUUCCUAAAAUAGUAAUUGGAUUAUAAUUCCAAGACAAGGUAACUAACAAACUCAGCAUGGAGAGAGAAACAUAUGCGUUCUGUAGCUGGAAAUACAAUCAUUAUUUUGAGUUUAUUUCUGUCAAAGGCAAGAACAUUGUUGUGCGUUGUCGGUCAUGUGGAGGUAAGCAAAACCCUCUCUCCCGCGAAAAACAACCUGAAAGGGGGCAGUACAGCAUGGUUAAACUUCCGGAGAAAGUAACGUCACCGGGCACGGAGAGCAAUGAAUCAACUUCUACUGUCGAGUGCCAGGCUGCUAUUAGCAACAUGUUAUGUUUUGUCAGACUAGUUUUUGCUGCUCUAACGCCGUUAUAUUUGUUAUAUGACGAAGAAAUCAUCAUAGAAAUAUUAAGGAGAGACUUUUUACAUUAUGGAGUAUGCAGGUUUAGAUAUACUAGUUAACAUGAAAAAUGUUUUAAGUUAAAAUGUCACAGAGUUUAAUUAUUAUUAUUAUUUAUGACAGGCUUUAGUAUGGAAUAAGCAGAAAGAAUGUAUUAAAAUAAUUAAAGACGAGAUAGAGUACAGUAUGCACUUCCCAAUAAAGUUUAGUCUUGAGAAGGCUAAAGAGGUUAUUUUGAGGGGUGGGGGUAGUAAUGUAACGAGUAGUGUAACUAAUUACUUUUGAAAUAAAGUAAUCAGACCAGUAACUUGAUUACUUUUAAAAGGAGUAAUCAGUAAUUUAAUUACAUUUCCAGAGUAACUUGCCCAACACUGGUGAUGACUUGUGUGAGCCACAUGCUGGCACGUGCGCAAAUAACAUGUCUACAUAUGCAGAUUGAAUCACAGCCAGUUGAGAUGAUGCUGCCAGCGGGAAGAUUUUGCAGCUCUUUGUUUUCAAAGAAGAAAAUGCAAACAACAUGGUUGUAAACUAUGCCAAAAACACUUUAUCAAAGCUCAUAACUAGCCUAUACAACAUUUUCUUAAAUAUGUAAUACUUUUCAUCAGAUAUUCAACAUUUUGGGCCAAAUCCUUAAUAAAUACAUCAAGUUGUUUUUUAGUAUUUAUUCUUAAUUGACUGUAUUUAUAUAUGUGACCUUGAAGGAAUCCAAAAGUUAUAAGAUUACAUUACUUUUAUUUUUUUUGUUGCUUAGAUUAAGUUACUGAAUACGUUUUUAUGAAGUAAUUUGUAACUGUAACGGAAUACGUUUUAAAAGUAAACCCCCACAAGUCUGCAAUUUAUAAGAAGCUUCUUAAAAUAUUUUCGUCAGAAAAUGCAUAUGGCUCUCUCUUAAUGGUUGGCCAACAUUUUUUAAAAAGAUUUAAUGGCUUGUAUUUGACCACUUAAAAAAGCGAUAUGUCCUGAAUGUUGAUUAUACAUAAUAAGAGAUGCGCUGAAAAAAAUCCAUUGGAUUUACUUAAUUUCAAUGUGUACAUCGGUCCCACAUGAUCAGAUUGUGUUGAACUAACUUAUAUUUCCUUAAUACAUUUUUGUGUGUCAGACCUAAACAUUUCAUUUAUAUUAGACUACUUCAAACAAUCAUGUUGACUGAAGGUGUUAUUUCUCAUUAAUGCAACACAAAUUUAUUUUGCAACGUUAAAGUAAUUUCAUCAUGUCAUAGGUACCAGAUUUUCAACUGUAAUCCCAAUUUUGAAUGCGAAAUAAUAUUGUAUUAUUUAACUCUAAAACCAUAUCUUUAUGUCUGUGGUACCAGAAUAAUUUAAAUUGCAUUAUUAAGUUAACUUAAACCAAAAGGCAUUGUUAAUAUCGGUUUAAAUGUGUACAUACAAAUUUGCCGAUUCCAUGCCGAUCCUUUGUUGCCAGCAAGGCAUACAUAUGAACGAAUACAGAAUAAAAAAAGAUUAAUUUGAGCAAGAGAAGCAGGACGUAUCAUAGUCAAAGCUCAAUAGCGGAGCUGUUCAACUGGAGCUGUCAGUUCUAAAUGAUCAAACAGUUAGUUCCGGUCCUUGAUUGUGAUUUGUUGUGCUGUGUUCUAAGCAGUUGUACAUUUUCCAAAAGCAUACAGCUGACCUCCACCAAUGCCCCUGAGCUGAAAUCACUUGAAAUUAUGAAAUCACUAUAAACCAUGGCUUCUUGGGCCUUAUUGCUAUAUAAAGCAAUAAUAUAUAUAUAUAUAUAUAUAUAUAUAUAUGGAUAUACCAUUUUAAAUUACUGCUCAUGCAGAUGUAUUUGUUGCUGUUUGGGUUUGUCUACACGUCUGUUUAAAAGGUUAAUUAAUGGAUUAACUGUUUAUAGCCUGUUUAUACGGUUUUUUUUUGCAAAUCCAUUGUAAUUAUAUAAAUAUAUAAUGCACUUUUACAUAAACAUUUUCUUUGCUAUUUUUUUAAAGAUGCCAACUAUUCCAGGCCUUCCCACUCGUCCCUGUUUCUAUGACAUUGAUCUUGACCCUGAGAGUGGAAAUGUAGUUGGUCUGUUCUAAAUGACCCAUUUUUAUUUCGGAUAUCCACUUGAUUAAUAUUGCAGGUUAUGGUGGUCUGCACAGGAGUUAUUGUGAACAUCUGCUAAUUUAUCAUAAAUGUAAUUCCAUUAUACUAUGUUUUUGUUGUAAAACUAUGUAAUUGUUACUCGAUUGGACCAGAAAAUAAAGGAUUACAUGGCUAGG